AUGUUUGCUAAGACCGCCCUUAUUGUUCUGGCCGCUGCUGCCGGCAUUGCCAGCGCUCUCCCAAGCUCUGAGCCUCCGUCUCGUGUUGAGUCUUCUCCCCGAGCCAAGCGAACCACUCACUACGGUCUCGCUACCGUUUACGACCAGGAGGGCGCCUACGGAUCUUGCGGCCAGAAGCACGCCGAUAGCGAUUUCAUUGCCGCUCUUACUCCCACCUGGCAGGGCUCUUCAUACCCUCCCAAGUACUGUGGCCGCAAGGUUUUCAUCACCAACACUGGUAGCGGUGAUGGCGUUGGUGGCAAGGGCAACAGUGUCACCGUCACUGUUGAGGAUACCUGCCCUGGCUGCCCUUCCGCCGACAGCAUCGAUCUGUCUCGCGGAGCUUUCAGCUCACUCACUAACGGUGCUACUACCGGCAACGUCAACAUUGAGUGGCACUUCUGCAACGUCAAUGGCCAAUGCUAA